AUGAGAUUCACUUCCACUCUUCAACUGCUACUCGCAGCUACUACUGUAUUAGCAGUACCCUCAAUUGACGAAAGAUCUCCAUCCAUCUCACGAAAUAAACAAGUCGGACCCAAAUGUGCAUUCAAACCUCUCCCCGAGACAGCAAAGCGCAACAAAGUGUGCAAAGUCAAGACUCACGGCAAUGGUAAAGAUGACUCUGAUUACAUCCUCGCUGCAUUGAAGUCCUGCAACAAUGGUGGAAAAGUUGUUUUUGAUAAGGAUUAUACAAUUGGCACGGCGCUGGAUAUUCAGUGGUUGAAACAUAUCGACCUCGAUAUCACCGGCACAAUCCAAUUUACCAACGACACAAACUACUGGAUCAACAAUGCAUUCCAAAUCGUCUUUCAAAACUCCACCACGUUCUUCCAACUCGGCGGCGAAGACGUCAACAUAUACGGCGGCGGCACAAUCGACGGCAACGGACAAGUAUGGUAUGAUAUGUUUGCUGUAAACGCUACGCUUCAGCGUCCCAUCUUGAUGGGUAUUAUUGGUCUGGAAGGCGGUUCCAUUGGACCAUUGAAACUGAGACAUUCGCCGUCUUGGUAUCAUAUUGUUGCUAAUUCGUCGAAUGUGGUGUUUGAUGGAUUGGAUAUUUCGGGGUAUAGUACAAGUGUACAUGUGGCUAAGAAUACGGAUGGAUGGGAUACCUAUCGCUCGGACAACAUUGUUAUCCAGAACUCCGUGAUCAACAAUGGCGAUGAUUGCGUCUCAUUCAAGCCCAAUAGUACCAACAUCCUUGUCCAAAACCUGCACUGCAACGGGUCUCACGGCAUCUCUGUUGGCUCCCUAGGCCAAUAUCCCGGCGAAGUCGACAUUGUCGAGAACAUUCUCGUCUAUAAUAUCUCCAUGUUCAAUGCAUCUGAUGGUGCCCGCAUUAAAGUCUGGCCCGGGAUCAACUCUGAACUAGAAGCCAGCCUCCAAGGCGGCGGUGGCCAGGGCAGCGUAAGGAAUGUAACCUACGAUACAAUGUCUAUCCAUAAUGUGGACUGGGCUAUUGAGUUGACCCAGUGCUACGGUCAGAGUAAUCAGACUCUGUGUGACGAGUAUCCCAGCAAUUUGACCAUUACGGAUAUCCAUUUCAAGAAUUUCAGUGGUGUCACAAGUACCAAAAAAGGAAAAAAUAUUGCGACGUUGGUUUGCUCGAGUCCGAAUGUAUGCUCUGACAUCUACGCCGAAAAUAUCAACGUCGUCAGUCCCAGUGGGUACAACCAAGCGAUUUGCACGAAUGUCGAUGACUCAUUGCUCUCCUUGAACUGCACUGCUUAA